AUGUCACCGUCCAAGUCGGCAUCUGAGCAAUCGAGAAGGACAUCGGUGCAGCCUCCAACUCGACCCACAUCACCUCGAUCGACUGCCGAUUCGAAACCUGUCGCUACACGUCCGAUCGAUGAGCCGCCUGCCACAACUAGACCAGUGAAGCAGGCAGAGAAUGCAGCCAUCGAGUCUGUACCUCCCUCAGUUGUUCAACAAACUGAUCCACCACUACUACAGCAAUCCUCAGUAGUACCAGUAAGUCAAGGUAAGGAUACCUUGAACGGCCGACCUGAAGAUAUACGAAAGAAGACUCCCACUAUACCUCCCACGCUCGAGACGCAAGAUGCCCAAUCAUCGCCUACCUCAUCCAACGGACGCCCCUCAUCCCACACGCCAGGUCCUGAAGCAGGGUCACCAACAACUAGCCCAGGCGACGAUACUGCUGCAACGUUGGAUAUAUUGAACAUGAAGCCACCGGAACCACGCAGGGAAGAACCACAAACACCAGACAUACACAUUGCCCCUACCCACAAAAUGUCCGUAUCGUUCAUCGAUGUGGACAUGAUGGAUGCAGACCCGACCACUACUUUUGACUCUCCAGUGCAACCUUUGGAGCACCCUCCAACCCCGCCAGAUCCUAAGCACAAGAAGCCGGCAAUCACUGUCGACGUUCAAAACGACUCAAGGUCUUACUUCGAUUCACGACAAGAGAGCACCGUCGUUGAGACGCCCGCUGCUAUAUCACAAAGCUCGGCUAGGCAGACACCGGCUGCAACACCAGCCGUUGAUUCUUCUCGCAGAGCUACCAGAAUCCAGUCGGGUGUCUUGCAGAAAAAGAGUGUCUCUGAAAUUCUAGGCGAAAGUCCAAGACCUGGCUCACCCAACAACGAUGCCUCUGCUGCCGUUUCAGCACGAGCUGCGGACAAAGAUCGCAAGGAGAGGGAGAGGAGCCGACUGUCAACCGUGGUCUUCGCAAAGCCACAGAAACCAACUAUCGAGUCUGACACCAUCGAGCUUGCGCGAUUAGACCAGCCAUCGAAGGAGCUUGCAAAGCAAGCAGACCGUGACUAUAUGUAUACCUUGUUUGAGAGUAAAGCACACUCACAGAACCGAUCUGGAUCGCUCACUUAUCUACUUCAACAUUCCCACAAAGCUAUCUCAACUUCAGACCACCUGGUAGAUUACCAUUACCAAGCCCAUUGUCGUGCACUUAAGAGAUUGUACUCACUACAAAAUCAGGAUAACUGGAGCUUGAGGCAGAGAAAACGUGCAGAGGAACCAGCUCGACCUACCUCUCAUUGGGAUUUCCUGCUAGAUCAUGCAAAAUGGAUGCGUACCGACUUUCGCGAAGAGAGGCGCUGGAAGCUUGCUGCUGCAAGGGCUGUAGCGGAGGCCUGUGCGGAAUGGAUGGCCGCAGACCGCAUGGGGAGGAAGUUGUUACAAGUCCAUGUUCGUCCGCCAAGACAAUUUGCAGAUCUGAAUUUGACAGAUGGGCCAAUCGAACAAGCACCAUCUUCGCCCCCCGACCUCGAGCCGCAUGGAGAAGACGACUCCGUAAGCGAAGAUAUAGCCGAUCCUAGGGAUGUUGUUACGUCGAUUGCCCCCGCAGCCAUAUUCUCUCUUGGUGCUUCAGAUUUCACCUUCGCUAUAGACAAGACUCCUGCUUUCGACAAGCUAUUGAACGAAUUGCCACUUUAUCAGCCCUCGAAGAUUGAACCGGACCUCUCAAAGUCGAAUUUGGCUGAACGUCUAGAUUCACGUUGGAAAACAGAUAUUGUGCCCGUGUCGAGGUUCGCUACAGAAAAGCUCAAAGUCAAGGAUUACAAACCCCCACUCAAACGCAGCAGAUAUGACUAUGAUGUCGAUGACUCGCCGCCUGCAAAACGACCAGCACUCGAGCCACGCGAGACCGAGGUUGCCUUAUUCAUGCCAGAGAACAAGCACAUUAGGGAUAGGAUUCAUCCUGGCCAUGCUUUCCGUCCACCAGCAGAACAUCCUAUGCCAUCACAAGCUUUCUUCGAAACCCGAACGUCGUCGCAGUGGCUUGCUGUCGAGGACGAUGAGGUACGACGUCAAGCACGAGAAUACUCCUUCAACUGGACUCUAAUCUCCGAGUUGAUGACACCACCUACACUAUAUGUUUCUGGACAGGAUAGACGCACGGCCUGGGAAUGCUUCGAACGCUGGAUCGGACUGGAAGGCAUGCCCGCAGAUAUGGCUAAGACACCCUACUUCAAGACUUACUCAAACAGAAUUGAAACCGCUCAACGCAACGUGCAAGCUCAGUGGGAAGAGCUCGAAAGACGCAAUAAUCAGACGCCAAGUACUCGUCGUAAAACGACAUUACCGGUUCGCGUAGAACGCAAACACAAUAGAAGGCAUCUUUUCAUGCUUGACGCAAUGCGCAAACUCGCGAAGAAAAGAGAAGCUGUGCGUCAGAAGCAGGCUCAGUCUGCAGACAUGGCUGCGAUGCGGAAGUCUAACGAUGUACAUGCUCCGAGACCAGGAACCAAGACACCUGCCGAAUGGUCUCAACUCAAGUACGAAAGAGAACAGAAGAUGGUUAAGCAGCAAGAAAUGUACAAACAGCAACUCAUAGCUCACCAACGAGCAGUCGUGCAGCAACAACGUGCCGGGCAGAGUACUCCAGCUAAUGGCAUGCCAAUCCCUCCCAAUGCAGGAAACCAACUGCGUGUACCUGGAUCUAAUGGUGCGCCAGUACCUGCGAUACCUAAUGGGCAGAUGCAGGUACAAAAUGGCCAACCUCGACCCCAUCCUAAUAUGAUGGGUAUGCAUCAAGGUAUGGGUAUGCCCGCUGGCCUUGUUGGUCCGAAAGGGAUGCCACAGCCCAUGCCCAUCGCAAAUAGAGGCAUGGUAGGAUCGCCCCAACAGAUCAAGAUGCAACAGGAGCUUCUCCGACAAGCACAAGUCGCACAACAGAAUGGAGGUCACUCGUCUCCGAGCAUUCAACAAGCCUCAAUGGCUAAUGGCCAGAACCUGAACAACGCAUUCAUGAACUCCUUGAAUCAGGGUAACAACCAAAGCUCGACCCCGAAUCAUGCAUCACCUCUCCCUCAAACAAGUCACGUGCCGCAAAGUCUCUCCAGCGGUUCCAUGCCGAAGAUCAACCAAUUAGCUGUAAGCAUCCGCGAACAGUAUCCCAAUAUGUCGGAUGAGGAGGUCAAGGGCAUUGCGACACGACAACUCCUCCAGUGGCAGCAACAGGCGACUGCCGCCGCCGCUGGCAAUCCUCCCCGCCCGAAAGCGGUCAAUCAAGCUGCUCUGAACGCUGCGAUGGGCGCGGCAAAUUCUGGCGCAUAUGCUGCAGCACAGAACCAAAAUGCCAUGAAUAUGAAUGCUAACGUCAAUUCAACAACUAAUAUGGGACAUCCUCAGAUGAGCUAUGAUGCAGCUCAACAAUAUCACCAGCGCAUACGUAUGCAGCAGCAACAGGCGCAACAGAACGCAGCACGAAUGCAUGCGCCAAUAACACCUGGUAUAAGUGCUUCGCCAGUCAUGAAUAUGGCAAGACCAGUGAGUCAACACAGUCAACAGUCUGGUAUGAACGGUGGAGUAGGUAGAACCUCGGUAACGCCUGCAAGAGAUCAGAGGAGUGGCAGCGUUUCGACAAGCAUGAAUAAUGGUCAAGCUCAAGGGACCGGCGCAUCCCAGGUCCAGAGUCAGAGCCAAGGGCCACAAAGCAGUCCCAUGCAAACCUGA